AUGGAUCAAAUUGAAAUUCCGUCGUACAAUUAUAAGAAAUUUGCGAAAAUUUCGGGCGGAAUGUUGGCGGUAUCGAUCAUUUAUGGAUUUAUUUUGUUCCCGAUUAUCAUGAAAAGUACGACGAAGGCUUUGUUGAAGUUGAAUCCAGGCGCGAAAUUGCGAGAAGAAAUUUAUUUGCCGAUUCCGAUAGAUAUUGGGUUCAAUGUCUACUUGAUGAACAUCACGAAUCCGGAUGAAGUGCAAAAGGGAGCGACGCCUAUCAUGCAGGAAGUUGGUCCUUAUUGUUUUAGUGAGGAAAAGACAAAAUCCGACGUUGAAGAUGACAAAGAAACCGACACUCUUACCUUCAAUUUGUACAAUAGAUACUUUUUUGAUGCAAAUGCGAGUGCUCCGUUGACGGGACGAGAAAUGAUUACAAUUCCUCACAUGGUUAUGCAAGCCGCUUUAAUAAAAGUCCAACGAGAUCAAGCUCCUUUGCUGCCAACUGUCAUAAGUGGUUUAGAAAUCGUUUUGCAAAAUCCGACACAUCCUUUCAUGAUCGCAACUGCAUGGGAAUUUCUCUUUGAGGGAUAUCCAAUUAAUUGUGACGUUGAUGUUUUCGAAGCGGAAGCCGUUUGUUCAGCUCUCGAAGAUGCCGUUGGUGAAUCAGGCAUGCAUAAUGAGACUCAUUUGGGAUUUUCGUUCUUUAAAGCUGGCAACGAAACGAGUGUUGGUCCCUUUUCUGUUCUGCGAGGCAACAAAAAUAUCUCCGAUGUAGGAAGAGUUGUCAAAUACAAAGAAGAAGACGAACUCGACAAUUACGACGGAGAGGAAUGCAAUGAAAUAAAAGGCACUGAUGGACUCUUUUUUCCUCCAUUUUUGACGAAAAAAUCCAAAAUUCACGCAUUUGCAUCGCCCAUUUGUCGCUCAAUCUCCAUGUGGUUCGAGAAAAAGAUUUCGUUCAAACAUGUUGCGUUGUCACGAUUUGUCACACAUUUCAAUAGCACUUAUGAUUGUUACUGCCGUGAAAAUGAUCGAGAAUUGUGCCCUCCCGAUGGAACAAUCGAACUUUCGAUGUGCCUUGAUGCCCCAUUGAUUGGUUCAAAACCUCAUUUUUACGGAGGAGACCCAAUUUUAUUUCAAAUGGUGAAGGGUUUGACCCCAAAUAAGGAAAAACAUGACACUUUUGCGGAUUUUGAUCUUUUCGCCGGAACUCCUUUGAGAGCAGCUCAACGCCUUAUGGUCAGUUUGGAUAUGGAACCUGUUGAUAUUUAUCCCCUAAUGGCAGAGUUACCGAAGGCUUUUGUUCCGAUUUUUUGGGUUGAAGAAAAUAUUCAGCUCAAUAGUACUUUUGUCAAGUUGUUUGCCUUCAUUCAUGGUACGGUAAAUUUCACGAAAUUCAUAAAAAUCGUCGGAUUCGCUGUCGGUAUCAUCGGAUUGCCUGCCAGCAUUUUUCUCAUGAACAAAACUCCGGCUUAUGUCGAAGGCGAGAUCCAAGUUGUGAAGGAAAAUCCGCAUGAAGAUCGUGCAAAGUCGUUACAGGAAGAUGUCACGGUCAUAAAAAAUUACCGCAAUAAAUUGAUGUCUGAUAAUGUACCGUCGACACUCAACACGAUAGAGAGUGGAAAAGAGAAUUAA